CGGCUUUACAUGCAGAAUAUGAGACUGUAACUAUCUACUACACUUAAUGGGAAUUAGCGUCUAGCUUAUUCUCAACUUCGUUUUUUUUCAAGAUAAUUUUUUGCCUUUCAAUUUGAUAAUACUUUUGUUGAUAAUCUUGCAACUGCAGAUGUCUGCUUCGCAUCAACCCAAACGUACCUUUUUUAAUAAGCCUUCUUGGGCAAGCAGAGGAGAUGAGGAUACAGACCCAGCGUUUUACCGCCGUGCUGGACAAACUUACAAAGAUAUCAUUGCUUCAAACAAAAAUGAUCGGGCAAGGCUAGCGGGUUCUUUUCCCAACAGCCCACAAAAGCGUCGCCGUAUUUCAGAUGAAGCUCGUUUAACGAGUAGGGCCGAGGAGAACUCUGAUAACAAUUCUGGCGGAGGCAAAUUCCAAGAGGAUAUUUUAGAAACCACGAAACCUUCAGAUGGCGCUUCGCAGGAAAGUCCCGAUGGUGAUGUUCGCCUGAUGCAGACGACCCUGAUGCCCGAUAAUGCCAUAUCUCCAGACAAGAGUCCCAUACAGAGUUCACAAAGCCAUCAGCCACUGAGUCCAGAAACAAACCCUCCUUCACCGCCUCACCUGGACACAAUCAGUAGUAAUAGAGAAGAUACUUCUAUUAUGCAUGAUUCGCUGGGAACAAUGACUCAAGUCGAGUCUGCGAUGCUUCAUAGUGAUGUGAACUCUACUUACGAUAAUACUGUGGUCCAGAUCCUUAUUACCUCCAGUAUUAAGCAUACUAAGCCACUAAUUGUUCAUCGAAAAAUGGCACAAUCUUUGAAACGGGUGCGCCUAGCAUGGUGUAAUCGCCAAAAUCUUCCAAAAGACCUUCAUUCGUCGAUUUUUUUGACCUGGAAGGGAAGAAGGCUCUUCGACGUGACAACCUGCAGGAGUCUGGGAAUUGAUGCGCAAAGUGUUAUCAGCCAAGAUCUAGCAGCGCCCAGUGAGUUGGGCGGCAAUCUGGAUAACAUUCAAAUCCACAUGGAAGCUGUCACGGAGGAACAUUUGAUAACUAAUUUUCAAUCGCAAGAAUUCCGUACCACGCCAGGUUCAUCGCCGACAACAUUUACAUGUCCCCAGACAACGGAGACUUCUCAUUUAGUCCAGAUUAUCAUGAAAUGCCCGGAAUUUGAUGAUUUAACGCUUAGUAUCUCGCUGAAUCAGCAGGUUUUUGAGACUGUUACAGUGUUUCGUGAUGCCAAUAACAUUUGUGAAGAGGUACAGGUGUAUUUUUCAUUUGAUGGCGAUCGAUUGGAUCCUCAGUCUUGCUUCUCGGACUAUGAAAUUGCCGAUGGGGAUCUUAUUGAUGUUAUAAUAAAAAACAAAAUAUAAGAACAAGUUAUAUGUAUUUGUCCGCCCC